GGACUCGGCGUUUGUAGUUUAUUUUAGUCGUGUCCGUGUUUGGCAGCGAUGGCGGAGGGAGCUGUCUCCGGAGCUGGCCCCGAUGUCAACACAGCUGUCAACCCGACAGAGAACGCCAUGGCCUAUUUACAAGACGAGAGGCCUGAUGGAGACAUUCCCAACCUCAACCUGGGAGACCUGGACCUCACUACUGAUGAGUUUAUCCUGGAUGAAGUGGACAUUCACAUCCAGGCCAACCUUGAAGAUGACCUGGUGAAGGAGGCGCUCAAAACGGGAGUCGACCUCAGGCAGUACUCCAAACAAGUGGAGGCCGAGCUCCAGAGGAUCGAACAGGCCUCCAUCAAAGACUACAUCAAGGAGAGUCAGAACAUCGCUCUGCUGCACAACCAGAUCACAGCCUGCGACUCCAUACUGGAGCGGAUGGAGGGCAUGCUGAGUGGUUUCCAGAGCGACUUGUCCUCCAUCAGCAGUGAGAUCCAGACGCUGCAGCAGCAGUCGGUCAGCAUGAACGUCCGGCUGAAGAACAGGCAGGCGGUCCGCAGCCACCUGAGCCAGCUGGUGGACGAGCUGGUGGUGCCUGGAGCCAUGAUCUCCACCAUCCUGGACAGCCCGGUGACCGAGCAGGACUUCCUGGAGCAGCUGCACGAGCUCAACAACAAGAUCAACUUCGCCAAGGAGCUGAGCUUCAGGGAGACGCUGGCCUGCUCUGACAUACAGGACAUCGUGGACCGCCUCAAAAUCAAGGCGGUAUCUAAGAUCCGAGAGUUUAUUCUCCAGAAGAUCUACUCCUUCAGGAAGCCCAUGACCAACUACCAGAUCCCACAGAACACUCUGCUGAAGUACAGAUUCUUCUACCAGUUCCUGUUGGCCAAUGAGAGGACGGUUGCAAAGGAGAUCCGAGACGAAUACGUGGACACCAUGAGCAAGAUUUACUACAGCUACUUCAAGUCUUACAGCGGCCGGCUGCUGAAAGUGCAGUAUGAGGAGGUGGCAGACAAGGAUGACCUGAUGGGAGUCGAGGAUACAGCCAAGAAAGGUUUCUUCUCCAAGCCGUCUCUGAAGAGCAGGAACACCAUCUUCACUCUGGGUCAGAGGGGGGCAGUGCUGAGCCCCGCCGAGCUGGAGGGGCCGAUUCUCAUCCCACACACUGCACAGAGAGGCGACAGCAGGUAUCCCUAUGAGACGCUGUUCCGCAGCCAGCACUACGCCCUGUUAGACAACGGCUGCAGAGAGUUCCUCUUCCUCUCCGACUUCUUCAUGGUGGCAGGAAACUCCGCGCUCGACCUCUUCAACUGCAUCAUGGGAAAGACUCUCAACAUGUUCCUGAAGAGCAUGUCCACCUACGUGUCCGACUGCUACGACAGCAUUGCCGUCUUCCUGUGUAUCCACAUCAUCCUCCGCUUCAGAGCCAUCACCGCCAAGAGGAACAUCCCCGCUCUGGACAAGUACUGGGAGGCGGUGCUGGAGCUGCUGUGGCCGAGGUUUGAACUCAUCCUGGAGAUGAACAUCCACAGCAUCAGAAACACAGACCCUCAGAAACUGGGAGUACUGGACACCAGACCGCACUAUAUCACACGCCGCUACGCAGAGUUUUCCUCAGCUAUCGUCAGCAUCAACCAGACGUUCCCCAACGAAAGAACCAACGCUCUGCUGGGACAGCUGCAGGUUGAGGUGGAGAACUUUGUGCUGAAGAUGGCAGCGGAGUUUCCAUCCAGGAGAGAUCAGCUCAUCUUCCUCAUCAACAACUACGACAUGAUGCUCAGCGUGCUCAUGGAGAGGGCAGCAGACGACAGUAAAGAGGUGGAGGGUUUCCAGCAGCUGCUCUUAGCCAGAACUCAGGAGUUCAUUGAGGAAAUCCUAUCUCCUCCCUUUGGAGGAAUGAUCGCCUUUGUGAAGGAAGCUGAGGCCUUGAUGGAGAAAGGACAGCUGGACCGACUGAAGAACGACGAAGCUCGUAUCACCCAGUUGGUGCGCGGGUUCUCCAGUACAUGGAAACAGUCGGUGGAGGCCAUGAGUCAGGACGUCAUGAGGUCCUUCACCAACUUCAAAAACGGAACCAGCAUCAUACAGGGCGCUCUGACCCAGCUGAUCCAGUACUACCACGGCUUCCACAAGGUCCUCAACCAGCCGACCUUCCGCAGCCUGGCGGUUCGCUCGGAGCUCAUCAACCUGCACCACCUGAUGGUCGAGGUCAAGAAACACAAACCCAACUUCUAGCAGGAAGAGGCUCGGCCGCAUCAGCAGCACCACAGGCAGGAGAAGGGGAAGCCCAGUUCAUCAACCACAACCGGUGUGUUAGCGUCAGUCGUGCUAGCGAUGGUCGCCUUGGUAACCAACAACCAACACAACGAAGAAUUUAUUCAUUUAAAAACCCAGGGGCUCCGCUUCGUUAACAGUGAAACCAUGUAGGGUGUUUUUGACGCAUUUUAACUGGAAAAAAACCCCCAACAAAACACAGAAGUGCGGGAAGUCAAAAUGUGAAAGUGUGAGAGUUACACAGGAAGUGACUUGUGCUUCAGCUUCUAGUUCUCCAUCUUCCCUCACAGCUGAAGAACAAAAGUCACGCUGGAAAUUAAAACGAUUAAAGAUUUAAUAAAGUCAAACAACACACUAUUGUAGAUCAGAGUGGGCGGGUAGAAAGAGCCGACUCUCCUGCAGCCGAUAGGCGACAGAUUUGAUUUCUGCAUCAGACGUCAGUCCUGUCAAAGUGUCACUGAGCAGGGCACUAAACCCUUCAACUGCCCACUGUAUGUCACUCUCACAUGAGUGUCAAAAUGUAAAGAAACCAAAAUUUCACUUGCAUGCCCAGUGCCAGUUACAGUUUCACCAAAAACCAGGAGUUCAUAAUGCUAGAAUGGAAAUAAAGGCAGAAUGAGAAGGAUUUGUGGUUGGCCCGUCCUCCCUGGCUAAGCUAACCACCAGAAGAAAGUUUUCAUUUCGGUGACAUCCUAGGUUUAAAAAAAAAAAAAAAAAAAAAAAAGGCCCACCAGCACCUGCCUGUCUGCAUCACUCUUCAUCCUCGCCAACCUCAGAUUCACUCUCGCUGUGGAGCGGGAUUAUGUUUGUAGGAGUCUAUAAAAUGAGUUUAGCAAAACCCUUCUCAUUCUGCCUUUAACCAAAAGACAAUGUGAAGUGGUUCUCCUCAAAGCCACAUCAGUUCUGGGAUCAUCGUUAGACUGAUGGUUGCAUUUCCCCUUCACCUGCUUGCUUUGUUAUCAGAAAACUUUAAGUAAACCCGCAAAAACCCACAAGGACAGUUCAGAUAGGAAUGUGGAUGAUUCAUCAUGCAGUAGAUACACAUUUUUCUGUUUCGUUGAAUGUGUAAAUUUGAUUUGUAAAAAAAAAAAAAAAAA